UCUGUUGUUCGCACUCAUGCGGCAUGGAGCAUGUGAGUCAGCGACGGAUGCUGAUCCCGCCAUUGUCUCCCACCGAGGUCCCCUCAGCCGAGCCUCCUUCCCAGCACUCUACACUACCCCUCUUCCUCCCCACGGCUUCCAUGCUCCUUCAUAUGCAUUCCCUUCUCCAGAUUUAUUCCUUUCCGCUCUCAGAUUCGGUCAGUCGCAACCAAGCUUUGUAUUCUCCCCGUCAGGGCCUCUUCAAUCAUCCCUGCUGCAUCAUCAGCUUCUUGGAUUUUCGACCCCGUCUCCGUUUAUCAAACAAAAGUUCGCGCACGAAGAAAAUAUUUUACAGACCCUGCAUCAUUCGAAACCACUUCAUGGCUUUUCUCCGAGAAUUUGUAACCGUGAACCACCACCAAAGUGCUCGUACAACACCACAAAACCUUGGUGCAACGUGGACCACUACUACCCUUUGUUCGACAUAGAGGCUGACCUCCAUUACCACAGAAGAGGAGUGGCGGGUCUGUAUGCGGACGUGGCAAAUCUUGACACCACGAACUCUGUUGUUGGUCCACUCAAGCUAAUUGACGAAACCUACUUGUGUCCUUCACAAACUAAUUACAUUCGACCUCUGCGAGCCCAGGACAUUAAGGGAACGUGGAGAAUUAUUGUCAACGGCGUGAAGAUCGACAAUGAACAUCUAACCCAAACGGUGAGGAUGGAGGAGUGUCAUCACCAUGGGCUGCCAUGCCCUCUCUUGCCCCAUUGUUACUCGUCAACGUGUCUUCAGAAGUCGACCUUUCAACGAUUCUUGGUGUACGACCCUUGCGAUGCUCGAUUCCCCUUCGCCACGCAGACUUUCAAAUUCCCUACGUCCUGCUCAUGCCGACUGGACGAUUCUUACGUCAUCAAUUAACGUGACUAAAAUUCCUGCUGGUGUUGACUGUACGACUACCACGUCAUACACCAGCGGGGCCAAACUUCCUUCUGGUGUUGACUG